CCGGGGUAGCCUGUUGUUUGACAGCUUGGUCUUCUUAGCUUCGCGUCGCUGACUGUAAACCUACCAAGGUUUUUUUUUUAUUGGAAAAAACGACGGCAGCUGCAUUCCUUUCUCUUUUUUUUCCCAGGAUUAAUUAGGUCCAACUUAUUUUACUUGUUUUAUUAAUAAGCUUGUUUGCUAACUAGCAUGGCUAACGGGCUAGCAUCGGGGAGCCUCCCAACAGCUGGAGGAGCCUCUAACUGUCAACCGUUGCUUUCAGUUUGCUAGUUGAGGCGUGUAUCUUCUUGUUUUGUGGUUUAUAUGGUGGUUAGAUAUUUUUACUUAAUCUCUUUCGGAUUCUUCACUUGUUUCCCUUCCUUCUUUGUUUACAUGGACGUUACAUUAGGUGUCCCUAUUAAGAUUCGACAAAGAAUAGGACAACAAAGCUGGGGAGAAUGGAAAUUGGCAGGUAGUUAAAACUGUGCCAUUUUGGUCCCAAAGCAAGAGAAUGAGCUGGGAUCUGAUGGAGAACAGCCGUGCCAGCUGGACUGUUUGAUUUGCGUGGGCGUUGGAUAGAGAGGAGCUUGUUUGCUCCCAUUUAAGAUUAACCUUAUGUCAGAACAUAAGAGGAGACUUGGUGAUAAAACUUUAAGGAAACAAAGCAUUUGUUUUGCCAUCGAGAUGAUGCUAAAAACGCUUGUGAUCACCAGUCUUCUUAGCUGGGUGAAAUGUUUAGAGAACCAGAGCAUGACACCAGAAGAGAAGACCAACAUCAGAAACCAAAUUCUUGAAAUGUUUGACCAUGCCUAUGGAAGUUACAUGAAAUAUGCCUAUCCAGCAGACGAGCUGAUGCCUCUAAGCUGCAAAGGGAGAGUCCGUGGAGAAGAACCAAGCAGAGGCGACAUUGAUGACUCCUUGGGGAAGUUUUCCCUCACGCUGAUCGACACCCUAGAUACACUAGUGGUGUUGAACAAGCUGGACGAGUUUGAGGAUGCAGUGAAGAAGGCUGUGGAGGACGUCCGCUUGGACAAUGAUGUGGUGGUGUCUGUGUUUGAGACCAACAUCAGAGUUUUAGGUGGGCUUUUAGGGGGGCAUGUGAUGGCGGACCUGCUCCGGCAGCGAGGGGAGAGGAUGCAGUGGUAUCAGGAUGAGCUCCUUCAUAUGGCUGUAGAGCUGGGCCGGCGACUGCUUCCUGCCUUCAACACCACCAGUGGCCUUCCCUACCCUAAGGUGAAUCUGCGGUACGGCACCUUGAACCCACUUUCUCGCACUGGCACUGAAUCUGACACGUGUACGGCAUGUGCAGGGACAAUGAUCCUGGAGUUUGCUGCGCUCAGCAGACUGUCAGGAGAGUCUGUGUUUGAGGAGCACGCCAGGAAGGCCCUGGAUGUCCUCUGGGAGCGGAGACAAAGAGGAAGUGACUUAGUAGGAACUGUUAUCAAUAUCCAUAAUGGAGAAUGGGUCAGGAAAGAUAGCGGAGUUGGUGCAGGAAUUGACUCUUACUACGAAUACCUGAUGAAGGCCUACAUUCUUUUAGGAGACAAUACAUUUCUACAGAGGUUCAACAUCCACUACAGCGCGAUCAUGAAGUACAUCAGCCAGCCUCCUCUUCUACUCAACGUACACAUGCACAAUCCCACAGUGAGCGUUCGCGGCUGGAUGGAUUCCCUGCUCGCUUUCUUCCCUGGUUUACAGGUUCUAACAGGAGAUCUAAAACCAGCCAUAGAAACACAUGAAAUGCUGUACCAAGUCACAAAACAGCACAAGUUCCUUCCAGAGGCUUUUACCACGGAGUUCAGAGUUCAUUGGGGCCAACACCUACUAAGACCAGAGUUUGCAGAAAGCACCUACUACCUCUAUAAGGCCACUGGUGAUCCUUACUACCUCAGAGUGGGACAAUCCAUAGUGGAAAAGCUCAACGCCUUUGCCAGGGUGCCUUGCGGGUUUGCAGCUGUGCAGGACGUCCGUACGGGGACACAUGAAGACAGAAUGGACUCAUUUUUUCUUGCCGAGAUGUUCAAGUACCUCUACCUGCUGUUUACGGACAAGAGCCAGCUGCCAAUUGACAUAGAUGACUACAUCUUCACCACAGAGGCUCACUUACUGCCUGUCUCUCUGUCCACAACUCAGGCAUCUGUUCGGAUCAACGUUACGGAGGAUAAUGCUGCUGCUACUGCUGCUGCUCAUGAUGAGGAUCUGUUUACACACUCCUGUCCCAGCAUGGAGACGUUGUUUCCCAACAACCCGUCGUUUGCCAAAACCAUUAGGGAUGGUUACAAGUACCUGACUGGGGUUGGACGAGCCUUCACCCAAUUACCCCUCAGGGAAAUUGAGCUACCACUCCAUGAUAAUGGCAUGGAACCAGUGGAGUUCUUGAAGAGCAUGGGCAUCUCUCUCACUCCACUGAAUGAGAUCACCCAAGGCGACAUUAAUGGUCCCAAGCAGCAUAAAGGUGUGUUCCGUGUAAAGCUUGUGGCAGAGGUGAGCCAGACUCCAGAGGAGGAGCUGGUGGUGCCGCAUGUUGUUCAGCUCAUUUCCCCCCCGUUUCUGGGCAGGACGGUCCUCACUGCGGGACCGGCCAAGUUUGGAAUGGACCUCACCAAGCAGGAGCACGGAGUGAAAGGAACCAUAGUGAAAGCUUCCCCCUACACUGCUUGUGGGCCAAUAGAAAAUGCAGCAGAGGUUAAAGGCCAUAUUGCAUUGGCAUUACGUGGGGACUGCAUGUUUGCAGCAAAAGCUCGUUGGCUGCAACAAGCAGGAGCCAGUGGAGUCAUAUUUAUAGACCAUCGUGAAGGAAGUAACAGUGAGGAGACGCCACUCUUCCAGAUGGUUGGAGAUGGCGACUCCACCGAAGACAUCAACUUGCCUUUGGUGUUUCUGUUUAGCCGUGAAGGUGCUGUGCUCACAAGCGCUCUGGAGAAACAUCACAACGUGGACGUGCUGCUGCUGCCACAGGAGAGGCAGCUAGGACAGGAUGAAUCAGAAAAAUCUCUCAGCAUGAACAUAGAACUCCAUCUGAGAGAGGAGGGGGAGCUGGAGGAGAGCGCAGCUCAAGGACCCACCCUGGAGUUGGUUUUAGAGAACGAAGAUGUUUUUAAAGCAGAGGGUGAAGAAGAGCUUGGUGGAAAAGGGCAGUCACAGCAGCAGCAGGUCUGCACUCAAGGCAUGACUGAACCCUGUUCUACAGACUCAACACAAUCUCUGCACACUAAAACUGGACCAUUCACAAACCCCUGACCACUGUAGUUUACCAAAAAUGGUUUCUAGAUGGUUUCUGAGCAAGAAGGGACCCAUAGUCCAGCUCUGCAGCACAGUCUGCCUGUUUACAAUUAGCUGAGGGGAAGUAGAAUAGGCUCCAUGUUGAUGACAUAGUGGAGCUGCUGGGAUUCUGCUCUGAACUGGAACAUGUAGCUACAAGAGCCUGUUGCUAUGAUGAGGCAUCCAGUAAACCAUGAUUUAAAUUCAUACUAACCUAGAGAGAAGCUUAGAUGAGGUUACAAAAUUUAUGCAAUUUGCUUUUAAUCUACAUUGCACCUUUUUAACUUAAUCGAAUACUGUUUAGUCUAUAACCAUCGGUUGAGUCUUACAUGGCCAGUAGGUGGCAGUAGCUUCCAUAACCUCUCAGUUGUACCCUGUGGAAGAAGGAGAAUUGCUACGUAGUUUGACUAAAAUAGAUCUGGGGUCUAUCUCAGUCGGAUCUACGUAAGCCCCUUGUGUAAAAUCGUGUCUGGUGUGAUUAUUCCUAUUGACUUUUAAUGGGCGCUAAACGCCACGACACACUUUUCUGUUGGAUCGGACAUAAAAUCAGAUUGGGUCUUUUCUGGCCUUUAGGCUCAUUUGGAAAGUACUUGUACUUGCUAGGAACUUCAGGGACUUGAUGAGUGAAUGCUGUAUGCAAGAUGAACCAAUUUAUAAAAAAUGUGCAGUUUUGAUGCACAUGUGAUGGGGUGUGUUAUGCACUUUUUUUUGCCUAAUUAAAGCAUUAGACUGUG